UUUCCUAAUUGCCUUAGCCAGAGCCUAAUGGAAAAACCUCCUUCACUUCUCCACCCACAGUUAACUCAAUCUCAACUCAAAAAGUGCAACAUUCCCCAUAAAUAAUAAGCAAGCGUUGCAGUUAAGUUACCGCUAAAUCCAACGAUCCAAGCCAAGAGCUUGGCAACAACAAAAGCAACAAUAUAUCUUAAAAUUCUACGGCUUAGACUAAGUUAAAGAACGGAAAAUGCUCAUGCACCAUACCACAUCCACAUCGAUAUCCGUAUCCACAACGUCGACGGCGACCAUGACCAACUCGUCAUCCUCGGCCACGCCCACCCCGGGCUCGACCUCCUCCAACAACAGCGCCACGCUGGAGACGCUCCACCAGCAGAAUCAGCACCACCACCAGCAGCAGCAGCAGCUGCAACAACAAUUGCAGCAAUUGCACACGAAUGCAGCGAACAACUCCCGUCCACCCUCCCGGGCCCCCUCCAUACUCGACAGUCCGACACUGGCGCGUGUGGAGCGGGCACGUCUGCGGUUGGAGCAUCAGGAGCGGGAACGGGGACGGGAGCGUGAGCGUAGCAGCCAGCGUGAGGGGGGAAGCUCCGGCACCGGCAGCACCGCCACAACCAUGAAUCGUGAAGAUAGCCUGGAGCGCAGUGUUUUGGAUCCCAAGAAAGAGACGGCGCCGUGGCAUCAGAUGUGGACGCAUAUGAAACGCCUCUCGCACGCCUCCAAAGUAAAUUCGACGAGCAGCCUGACCGCCCAGAAAACCGAUGUGGGCGUGGGCCAUCCCCACCAGAAUCUGACACCCGGCAAUGCAACAAACCCAACAGCCACAUCAACGCCCGGGAAAUGCAUUCUAUUCCCGGAUAAGACGUCCUCCCUGAAAAGCUCUAUGUAUACGCAACAGGUGUACUUCAGGCCCGAUAUGCAAUCCUUGCUGGCAGGACGCAUUCCGGUGGCCUCCAUGACAGGACCCAUUAAACGUGGACUGCUCUGGCAGCAAAGGGAUCGCCUCUUCUCGCGCUGGAAGGAACGAUACUUUGUGCUCACUCGUGACUACUUGCAUUGCUUCAAGAGAGCCUCGGGAUCGGCCAAUGAACGUGCCUCCGAUAUGGGACAGUUUAUCUUUAAGGUCAAAUUGGUGGACGUCGAGAAGGUGGAAUGGCUGAACCGACGCUCCUACAGCGCCAUUGGACUGUUGUUGGGCCGCGAGGGUAGAGUUCUGCUUCGCUGCGACGAUGGCCUCGAGGACUGGUUCGAGCUGCUGGAGGAAUGCACGAUUACCUCCAAGGAGCGCAGAAAGGCCUUGAAGAUUGCCCAGGGCCCACGUUCCCGCGCCUCACUGGCUGCCCCCGUGUCGCAUGCCUCGUUGCAGUUUGGACUGGGUGGCACCUACUCCAGUGCCCUGGACGACUGGCUGAUGACCAAUGGCACUGGCGGAGGCUUGGCUCGUCACAAAAUUGGAGCUGGCAGCCUCAACGGAUACGCCGGGGCAAAUCCCUUCCUGUUCUCCGACUCUGUGCCGGACCUGAGUGCUCUGAACAAUGAGAACCACAACCACCACAUGAGUGGCAUCAGCACCAACCACUCGACACCCCAGAAGAUACCGCACCACAGCAAUGCGAAUCUCAGCCGUUACUCCAACGGCUAUGCCUCGGCCCAGAACAGCUUCACCCAGGGCAAUAGCGCCCUGUACGGUUCGCCCAGGAGGAUCUUUAUCAACAGCAGCUUCGGCUCUAACCAGGUGGUGGAUGAGGAGACCGAGGAAGCGGAGGUGCAACUGCGACGACCAAGACUGUUCCGAGGCGUAAGCGCCACUCCGGAUAAUGGCAACGAGCUGGACAGGGAUUGGCUCUACAGGAAGCCCAGGGCGCCCACUGAUAUGAGGCACUCAGUCCAACCUAUGUUGCCCACUGGCGGUGGCAGUAAUAUGGGCCUGGCCAAGGCGGAGCUAGACGGUUCCGCUCAUGAUAGCGGCCUGGACACACCUCCGUCGACGCACCGCCCCUCUAGCUACCGGGAGGCGAGCCGGGACAGCACCGAAACUAAUGGAAGCUCCUCCCGCGGCACCCUCCUCAACAACUCCUCGCCCGGCGGCAGCUUCCGGGCCAAGAAGCUGAGCAGCCAAGUUACCAAUCUCAAUCAGCUGAAUGCCCUGCAUGGCUCUCGGUACUCGGUGCAGGAUCAGCGCAUCCUCAAGAUGCGCAACAACGAGGAGGAUCGCUGUGCCUCGAUCAAAAUGGCCAAUCGCCUGAACCAGAAUCACGAGCAACUGCCGCAACAGGCCUCCUAUGAUCCGAACCAGAACCGGUACUACAAGAACGGCAAUGCCACGCCCCCCACUUCGCUUACGCCCCAGCACACGCCGCAGCACAAGCUGCUGAUGAUGCACCACGGCAAUGGAAAUGGUAAUGGCGGCACCCUGAACGGCAACAGCAAUGGAUCGGACCGGAUGAACGGAUCCGCCAUUUUCCGAGAGCGCUACCAGCAUCCGGCCUUGGCCGCCAUCAUUAACGAGGCCCAGGGCCUGAAGUUCAGAGAGCGCGCCUUCUCGGACAGUCAGCAGCGCCGCCUGAACAACAACAAUGGCCCCAAUCCCCAGCCAGCCUCGCCACUCGCCCAGCGCCGGAACAGUCCCGGACUGGGAUCCGGAGUCGGAUCAGGAGCCAUCUUUGGUACCCCGACGCGAGUAUAGCGCCUAAAGGUCUAAGGAUAAUCCAACUCGACGGAGAAUUGAUUACUCCACGUAGUUUAAAGUUCAUUAAGCCGUAAAUUAGUCAACUUAGAGGAAAGUGCGGAAAUUAUUUGCAUAGAAAAUACAUCAACGAACGUAGAAAAUAGCUAUUACGUAGUAGUACUCUUAGUGUGUGUGCUCCAAUGUCCAGCUUUAUGUAAAUGUUUAAAUAAAAUAUACCUUAAAGAAA